AAAGAGGGUUAGAAAUGGUUAAUUUUUUUGUCAUCCAUACUGUUUAUUUAGAACGCUUAUUAAACAACAAUAUUUCAUAAUGUGCUAAAUCAUACGAAGUUUAUUAAUCAUUUUGCAGCAAAUCAUAUAGCAUCUAUCAAACGGCCUCUAAAUUGAUCAAGUAUGGAUAGAGUAGUGUGCUCCGAAAAUGUGGAGCUUGUGGAGUUCAUGUUGAAAAAGCAAAAGGAAAUGGAGGAUACACCCAAAGGAAUUUCAGAGAGCAACGCUAUGACGUUAUUGAAGGCCUCCAAGAACGUAUGCAGUUCCAAGACCCCAAUCAAAACCCUCAAGGACUUCUCCAAAGUCAAAGGUGUUGGAAAGUGGAUUUUGAGACUCAUGAAAGAUUUCUUUAAUACUGAUUCUGAUGCUGCUGAGAAUGAAGGGAUGAUACAAAGGGGUGGGAGAAAUAAGGGAAACACGCAAUAUGUGCCUCAGAAGAACUCUGUGGCGUAUGCUUUAUUGAUCACUCUUUACAGGGGAAUUGCUAAUGGAAACGAUUUUAUGCGAAAACAAGAGCUAAUUGACGCUGCUGAAGCAAGUGGCCUGUCUCGCUCACCUAUAAUGCCUACAGCAGGAAAAGGGAAACCGGGUCAGUUUGGAGUUAGUUCAGACAGGGAUUGGUACAGCGGAUGGAGUUGCAUGAAAAAGUUGAUAGACAAAGGGCUGGCUGUAAAAUCAAGCUGCCCUGCAAAGUACAUGCUGACUGAGCAAGGAAAAGAAGCUGCACGCGAUUGUCUGUUGAGAUCUGGAUUGGUUGAUCCUGUAGAGGAUCUUACUACUGGGGAUAAAACUUUGGAUUUAAACCUGCACAACAUGAAAGAUCCAGUGUGCACUCAUGCUAGGUCGGUGGAAGAUGUGACAUCUCAGCAUACAUCUUCAAGUUGUCAGAAAAAAUCAGUCGAGAUUCCUCCUGAUACUCUUAAUAAGCUGGUGUGCAUGGGGUACUCCAAAGAACAAGUUAUCCGUGCUUUUUCUGAGGUUGCAGAAAAGUCACCAUACGAGGACACAUCUUCACUUUGGCUAUCUGUUUUAUGUCGUCUUCGGGAAGUUGAAGUUUACAGUUCACCUUUGGACUCUGAGAACAUUCUGGAAGAAUCAUCAAGUUCUUUCACUCGUAAAGAUGGACUAGCGGAUCCUUUUAGAAGUGAAACAGGUGUGGCGAAUUUAGCUUCUGCAUGGAGAUCUGAAAUCCCAAAGCCUUCCUUGAAAGCUUGCUCAUCAACUGACCAGGAUGUGCAUAAACGAGGUAGGGAUAAUCUAGAAGCUAAAUUGAAUGUUUUAUCAAUGCCACCUUUGAUGUUUGGAGAGCGGUUCGUGGAUAUAUAUGAAGUGGUUCUAAUAUUGGAUGAUCGGGAGAAGUUCACUAAGGAGUCAAGGUCUAGAAAUCUUCUUGAGAAUCUCCGAAAACAUUUAAAAAUACCAAUUGAGGUCCGACGCUUACCCGUUGGAGAUGGUAUUUGGAUAGCUCGCCAUAAGCAUCUUGGUAGUGAAUACGUUCUUGAUUUUAUCGUUGAGAGGAAGAAUGUUAAUGACCUUCGGUCUUCCAUCAGGGACAACCGUUACAAAGAGCAGAAAGUGCGAAUCCUGAGGUCUGGACUCAAAAGGCUGAUAUACCUAGUAGAAGGUAAUCCCAAUACUUGCGAAGGUGCUGAAAGUAUUAAAACAGCUUGUAUGACAACCGAGAUUCUGGAGGGGUUUGAUGUGCAGAGAACAAAUGACUUAGUAGACACACUACACAAAUACGGGCAUCUUACUCGAUCAAUAAUAGAAUACUACAAAUCUCUUGGCAAUGAAGCCCAAAAUCAAGAUUUCCCAGUCUGCCCUCCUUUCGAUCAAUUUAUCAAGAGGUGCCAAGAGUUGGAUCAGAUGACAGUGAGUGAUGUAUUUGCUAUCCAGCUCAUGCAGGUUCCACAGGUGACCGAAGAUGUUGCCAUUGCUGUCCUGGAUUUAUACCCAACAGUUCUAUCACUUUCUCGUGCCUACUCGAAUCUUGAUGGUGACAUAAGUGCACAAGAGGAACUGUUGAAGAAGCAGAGUAAGAAUGUGAUAAGUGGAGUUGCUAGCAGAAAUAUUUUCCAAUUCAUUUGGGGUGCUUGAUUGCAUUACAUACAUCUUCUAACAAAUGGUAAAUUCUCUUGAACUCAUUCUUUAAGAGGAAUAUAAAUGUUUAUAUUUUGGAAGUUGUGGUCUUGUUAGUUAGAAGUAUUUAACAUUAUCUGGGUAUCCUAUGUGAGAAUGAGAAAAUUACAGUAGUUCUUCUUGGUACUGUU